GUUGUUCGGCCCUGUCUCACUCGCGUUCCAUUCCGAAUUCCACCGCCACCACUAUACGCCCACCACCAUACCGCAAUUACAGUACCAAGGACUAACGUCAGAGCGACAUGGUGGACGUGUUCGUUCCUGUACAGGGCACAGGAGCUACCUUACUCGAACAGGUGUCCACGGAGGAAGAAAAAAGCAAUCAAGUUCUCCUGGCAAUCAUUCUUUUCUUCGCCAUCGUCACAGCCGCGGGUUUUGUUUUCUGGGCUUUCCUAUGGAACAAGGAACUCCCAACGACCAAGAAGCAAGACGACGCGUCUCCAGCUCGAAAAGUAACGGUUCCGGAAGUUUCGCUAAAUAAUCCGUCACCGUCUUACACCGACUAUGAAGACUACUCGGACAACACCGAUGCGACGGUAGCGACGUCCCCGGUGCAAAAGCAAGUUUGCGAAAGCCACGACUGUCGAUACGUUCGCCAGUUCAUUGAAGCGGUUGUAGACACUGACAGAGACCCGUGCGAUACCUCCUUCAAGUUCGUCUGCCGUAAAAAUGAACAGCUGCCUCCAAAUAUGUACAUCGAUAAAUUUGAUUAAGACAUUGU